GAGAACCGAAUGACUCUGGAAGAAAUGAAAAUUGUUUACAAAUUUGGUAUAGAAAUGCUACUUAUCUUUGGAAUGACAUCUCUUGUGACAGUAACAUCAAUGGCGGAUACAUUUGUCAAAGUACAACAGAGUCGUAUUGUGAUGACUUGAAACACAAAGAACAACAAGGAGAUUGUGAGCCAAAUAUUGAGAAGAUUGAUAAAGUGGUUGAUUCAGUUCUUAGAGGAAAUCGGUCAAAGAAAAACAUCGAACUGACAAUUGAGACUGCACUACAUAAAUUACGAGAUAUUUCCAUCAGUAAAGAACCUACUCCCAAGGAUUUGGACACCUCAAUAAACUUGUUAAAUAAAAUUGUGAAUGUCUCUAGAGGAUUGAAUGUCUCAAUUCCAAGGACGGUGAUUGUGGCGACAAUUGACAACCUUCUUGCUGACAACCAUACUGAUGUAUGGCAGAACACGUCCACAAAAAAGGCGAGUGAAAGAGUCAAUAAGAUGUUCAGACUGGUAGACAAGGUUGGCUUACAUGUCUUAGAAACCAUCAAGGAGAACGAAACCAUUAAGUUUAACUCAACCAAAAACAUAGUUUUUACAGUUGCAAAGAUUCCAGCAAAACAAAGUGUUAUUUUCCCGGAAAACAAUAGCAUCUUGGGUUCAUCACUAGUAUUUCCUGUGCAGAAUCAACCCUUUAAUCAAAAUAUCGCGUAUCUUGCGGUAAAAUACAAAACCCUUGGAAACUUCAUUAACGACAACAAUAGACAUAGAGAACAUUCAGGAUACAACAUUUCUUCUGAUAUCAUGUCAUUAACGCUCCCUGACCCUUUAUUUGGAGAAACACUAGACCCUUCAUUGCAUAUAAAGUUCUUAACACACGGGAAUUCCCAAAAAUCGAUCAGCGAAUGUGUAUUUUGGAACUUUGACCUCAAUAACGGAACUGGUGGGUGGUCAACACGAGGAUGCAAAUUACUCUCUACAGAUGAUCUUUAUCUUCACUGUGAAUGCAAUCAUCUGACAAAUUUUGCAGUACUGGUGCGACCAUAUUCAAGGAUGCAAGAGGAAGAUAAGGCGUUGAGUUGGAUAUCUAUAAUUGGUUGUUCAGUAUCCGUGUUUCUCUCUUUGCUGACAGCCAUAAUUUACAUUGUUCUUUGGAAAUCUAUUACAUGUGACGUCAGCAGAAUGGUAAAUAAGAUCACGGUGCUUCUGUGUCUUAGUAUCGCCCUGGCGUACACGAUAUUUCUAUUGGGAGUGGACAAGAUCCAGUAUAAGGUGGGAUGUACUGUGAUUACAGCAUUGUUACAUUUUCUGUUCCUUUUUAUUUUCUUUCUGAUGCUGGCCCUUGGGUUGUACUAUUUCAGUAGCAUUUCACUGAUCAAAAUAUCGUUUUCAAAAGCAACAACAUUUCAAAGUAAAGCUAAUUUCUUCGGAAAAAUCAUCUGGGGAAUUGCAACUGUUUUUCCAGCGUUUAUAACUGCAACAACAUUUGGAGUUGUAUAUUCCUUGAACAAAGACUACCAUUCAAAGACCAGUUGCUGGUUAUCACUUGAAAGUGGGGCUUUAUAUGGCUUCGUUGGACCUGUAGCUUGCAUCGUUCUGAUCAAUAUUGUCAUUGUUAUUAUCCUCUCAGUGACUCUUUGCUCGGUUGGAUUCACACCACAAGAUAAGACGAGGAACAGGAUAUUAGCCGGAAUAAAGUCCAUCUGUACCCUGUUGCCUGUUCUUGGGGUGACGUGGUUGUUUGGCCUCUUGUCGAUUAAUGAGGAUGUGGUCGUCUUUCAGUAUAUAUUUGCUUCGUUGAAUUCCUUUCAGGGGCUUUUCAUUUUCAUCUCCAAAUGUCUAUUAAGUAAAAAGAUCAAAAAGUCGCUUGGUGAGAGAAUACAAAAGAAAGAUUCAGAAAAUUGGAGAAGUAGGCUUUUUACAUUACUUAGCAGCAAUCCACUGUCCAUGAAAACAAAAGAAUUUUCUUCAUUGUCAAAAAUCCAAUCUGAAGAAGAAGGUUCUAUGAAAGGAGGUAUUUCUUUCAAGAGUAGACACAGCGCCGAUAUAUCUCUAAAACAAUUAUAGACAAUUGAUUACAACAUGAAAAGAUUCCACUAAUUAGAAAAAAAAAUAAGGAGGAUCCUUUGAAGAAACAUUCAUCACCAAAGCAGUGUAAAAUAGACUUCAUACAUUGUCGACAACAUCUGAUGCUAUCGUGAGCCUAGUGGAAGCUCAUUUGUUUUUAAAUCUGAACUCUGGGAUUAACUCCCGUUCAAACUUGAUCAAAGAAAGUGACAAGGGUUUCACGUCGCUGACAAAAGAAGUACAAUUUAUACAUGAAAAUCGCCUAAUGAGCAUAGGUUCCAUGUACAGUAUGCCACGACUAAAUGACUCUGACUGCCAAGUAUAUGUCCAAAUUGGAGCCCAUGACGUUCAAAUUCUCGCAAUAAUGUAAAACAACCAACAAACAAUCAGUCAAUUAUUGUAACUUAGCAGUUUUAAUAUUUAAAUUUUCAACACUCUUAAUUCUUUAAAAAUACGCUAACUUGAUUUGUAAAUAUCUUUUUAGAAAGGUAAUUUAAAUCGAUUAGUUGGCUACAAUUAGUAUUUAUUUGGUAUCAUGUCAUCAUACAUAAAACAAACACACAUAAUUAUACAUGAUCUUAUAAAAGAUGGAAGUUGGUAAUCAGGAUUUUAUAAAUAAAUAAUUCAACAUGACUAGAUAGAUACCAGGAUAACCACCCAUUGAAGCUCGAGAGCUUAUUUCCAAUGGGGUCCUAUCUUAAAUAACUUUUAAGAAUAAAUAACAAUACAUUGUAAUAAGUAUUCCAUCAUUAUAGCACUAUAAUACUUUUGGCACAAUUCUUUUAGCAUAUAAACAUCUAAAUUUAGUUUAAGUAUGACAACAUUGACAUUAUCAAUAAAAUGUAAAAAAUAUUUUAUAAACUAGAAAUGAAACAUAUCACUUUGAUGUUCUAAAAUGCCUUUUUUUAAGAUAAAACUCUUGACUUGUUUCUUAAAAGUGCCCUUUCCUUUUGUACAUUUAAUAGAGGCUGGUAAAAAAAAUCCAGUCCUUUAUGCCAUUAUAAUAAAAAGUGUCUGUUUGACAUGUUUUCACAUGAGGUAUAAAAAAAUCUUCAUUAGUGGAUGCUCUAGUGUUGCGUAAUGACACAGUUGAUCUUAGAGUAAAGUUUUCUGUGAAGUAAGAUGGCGCAUAGCCAUAGUAUAUAUUAUAUACAUGGUUUAACCAUAGUUGUCUUACCCGAUCUUCUAGAUUCAACAAAUUCAAAGUACUAAGAACUUUAUAGUUUAUAGUAUGCAAAGGGGAUAGAUUAAGUAUAAAUCUCACCAUUUUGUUUUGGCAUAUUUGUAGUUUCUUUUUAAGGCUCUUUGAUAAACCUGCAUACCAUGCGCAGCUGGCAUAGUCUAAGUGACAUUGUACAACAGCAGAGCAUCAUUGCAUUUUACUUAUUAUAUCUAAAAAAACGAGUAUAAAAAAUGCAACCUAUUGUUAAUUUUUUUAACAAUGGACUCAAUAAUGAAUUCGCCUCUCAAAAAUUGAUCAAUAAAAAUUCCUAAGUACCG